GGCCCGCCUCCCUGAGCUGGAGGCGCCCGGCGCGCCGCGGUGAGGGCCUCCGGGCUUUCCAGCCGAAGCCGGCAACCGCGCGCGCCCGGGAGCGACCAUGGCGAGGCCGACCGCACGGCCAGUCAUUUCAGUAUCUUUCUUAACAAAGGAGAAUGAUGGCCUGGGAGCUUACGUUUACUGGGCGCACUGGAUGCUGCUAAUCUUCACAACCAUCCUUCAGAGGAGGAAUUGUUAUGUGCUUUUACAAAUAAGGAAACAAGCAGAGAGGUUAAUUUUCACAAGCCCAUGAGACUACACCUGAUGGGAGCAGGAUUUGCACCUAGAAACUCAGGGGAAAGAGGCAUGGAUAGGAGCAGUUAGCUGCCAGAGGGGUAGCUGUCAGGUGUUCAGGAGGCUCUUCUGUCAUCUGUCUACCUACAGACCGAUUUGGUUCUUGGCAGCAGUGAUGCUAUGCAGGGCGCAAGUCAUGACCCAAAAUGAAAAAAAGCCGCUGAACACACCUGCUUCCUUAAGAUGCUCUCUGCAAAAUUCCGAGGAAGUCUUGAUUGUGACAUGGCAGAAAAUCAAGGCUGUUAGCCCAGAAAACAUGGUCACCUUCAGCAAGAACCAUGGGGUUGUGGUCCAGCCUGCCUAUAAAGACAAGAUAAACAUCACCCAGCUGGAACUCAAGAACUCAACCAUUACGUUCUGGAACACCACCCUGGAGGAUGAAGGGUGUUACAAGUGCCUCUUCAAUACUUUUGGUUCUGGGAAGAUCUCAGGAACAGCCUGCCUCAGCCUCUCUGUACAGCCCACAGUGUUCCUUCACUAUAAAUUCUUCGAAGACCACCUAAAUAUCACUUGCUCUGCCAAUGCCCGCCCAGCCCCUGUGAUCUCCUGGAAGGUGUCUGGGUCAGAGAUUGAAAACAGUACUGAGGUUCUCUUUCACCCCAAUGGGACCACGUCUGUCACGAGCGUUCUCCAGGUCAAAGACCCCAAGCGUCAGGUGGGGAAGGAGGUGGUCUGCCAGGUGCUGCACCUGGGGAAUGUGACCAGCGUCACGCAAACUGUGCAUAAAGGAUUUUGGUUUUCAGUUCCGCUCUUGUUAAGCAUUGUUUCCUUGGUAAUUCUUCUGGUCUUAAUCUCCAUCUUACUAUACUGGAAACGUCGUCGGAACCAAGACCGAGGUAAGUUAUCAUAGGAAGUACAAAGAAGGAAACAAAUGAUUUUUUUAAUAGCACUGUGGAGAGUACAGGAAGAUGUAAAUAAGGGAUGGCAACAAUGUGUCCUGCUUGUUGUUGCUGGUGUUUUAGAACACUUUUGGGGUCAUUUUCUAGCAGUUGGACAUUAAACUGGAUGUUUCUGCUUUUUAUUUGCUACAAUCAUUUAAUGGCUAAUUAUUUGUAAGUUGAGAGUAAGGGUCGAUGAGAGGAAAUGUAGACAAUGUCCAAUCCCUGUAGAGUCAGCUGACAGCCACACCGGAGAAAGAAGUCUCCGUACCCACACUAUGUUCUUCUACCCAUUAACAAGAAGGACAGUCUCUUUUCCUUUUACAGCGAGCGCUCCCUGGGCCAGCUAGUCCACGUAAGAGACUCUGAAAUUGUCCAGUAUACUCACUAAUUAAAUAGUAUUUUCUAUGUUAUACUCCUACUAUGCCUCAAAUACUAUAGGCAGCUUACAGGUGACCUACACUUAUUAACUCCGUCAUGUCAUUCUGUCCUUAUAGACUAUAAAUUUUUUUCUGUCCCUACAACAUCUAUCACAGUGUCUUAUGUAUAUGAAGUUCUCAAUAAACUUUCAUUAAGACAGUGAAUGAAUCGGAUGGAUGGAUGGAUGGACAGAUAGAUAAGAUUUUCAAAGUGACAUUUUCAAUUCUCUUUUUCUUAUUGUAAUUUCAGUACCUCAUAAAUGCUGAGUCUAAAACCUUGGGAGAUACUAUAAAAUGAGAAGCUAUAAAACAAGAGGAGUCAGCUAGAGAGAGAGAUUUAAAUUUUUUUGUUUUCGGGAGGCAGUGCAUAAUUUAUUAAAGUUAAUGCAAAGCUUCAGUUUAUGGUGUGUGUGAUGGGGAUUUCCAAGGGUGAAAGGCUGAUAUGGGAAUUUUUUCCAUCUCGGAUGACUGAAAGAUAGGGAAGAAAAAAACUGUUGGUUUUUUAAAGUUAAAUCGUAAGCUAUCUUUCAUGUUGUAGGUUUUUUGAACACUUAAUUUUGCGUAAGCCUUAUACAAGUACCAGAUUAAUUCUUGUGAUUUUAUAAGAAAAGCAACAAAUCUUCAGUGUCAAUGACCCUUUUGCAAAAGUAGAUAAAAGUGUCUGUUCGAUGGGAAGAGGAAAUUACAGAUCAGAUAAUUUUAUUGCAUAUAAACAUAAGCCCAUAGAAUUCAUUAGUGCUCUGCAGAAUGUCAGAGGCAGUAGGCUGUUUGAUUUUACUUUAUCCAAACAUUUCAUUUUUCCCAUUAGGACUUGAAGCCAGAGAGAGAAAUUGACUUCCUUCCCUAAGGUCGCACAGCUAGUUAACAACAGGCUUAGGACUAGAACGCUGGUUUUGGUCUGCUGACCUCUGCCAGAACGUUCUUCCAGCUAUGAUGCCCUGGAGUCCUGACUUGAAAGGCAUUAUUGGGUUGCAUGUAUUUUAAUCCUAGCUUGCUGUUACUGUUGUACUCUUUUGGAAAGCGUGAGGAAAGAAGUAUGAAGUGUUCAAAUUCAUCUUAAAAAGUCCCUGUUGGACAAGAAUCUUAUAAUACAAUCUAUUCAAGCCCAAGGUAAAUUCCACUAGAAUUGGGCAUUUGCAAAAUAAUUGUCCUUUGUUCAUUAAGUAAGUCUUGGGUUUUCUGGGAAACAUCAUUGUUCAAUGUCUUUUCUAGUUGAAGCAAAGGGAGUCAGCUUAUCUUUGUUUCUAGGCUUUUUCUCAUUUAUGAAAAUAAACACCUGAACCUCUACAGAAUCUUGCAAGCACUGGGAUUGCCAUUUACUGAUGAUGUCUUCAUGACAUACGGCCAAAUCAGUUAAUUACAUUGAAUGUUCAGUGGCACAUUUUGGGGGGCUGAAUUUUUUUUCUGGUUUCAAAUAUUUUAACAGCCAGAUGAUUUGGUCCCAUUUACUUAAAUAGCUAGUAAAACAAAGUGUCGGUUAUGCUGGAGACUUAAACACUCAAGAUCAAAACUGAAGUUAUAACAAAAGUUGGGCGAAAGGGAAGAAAACCAUAGAAGAUGUUGACAUUUUAAAUUUCUUUAAGUAGCAAAUCCUGAUUAUCAAUUUGUGAUGAAAGCCAAUGGACCUACUACAUUUGCUUCCUCUUUCCUUACCCUUCCUUACUUUGGAUUUUCUUUUUUUUUUUUCUCUUUUUCUUUCCAUCAUCUCCUGAACACCUAAAACUUUUGGAUGGGCAGGAAAACAUGAUCAGUCAAAAAUGACACCAAGUUUCUGAUCCCAGUGACUGGAACAAUGGUGAUGUGCUCAGAAAUAAGGAAGUGAAAAGGGGAACUGAAUGUGUGUGAGUGUGUGUGUGCUUGUGUUCAAGUUCAUGGAGAGAGAAGGAGGGGAGGAGGGAUGAAUUCAUUCUUGAUGAAUUCAUUCUUGAACUCACUGAAUGUGAGUAGAAAAGAAUCCUCUCCAGGGAGCCGCCCCAUGGUAAGACAAAUCUAGUUAAGUAAGUGUGACUCAGCAACAACAAAGUCUAUUUAGAUCAAAAUCACUUAUUCAUUGCUCACAAAAGCACAAGCAAAUUUAUAGUUUUGGGAUAGAGGAGUGAUCUCUAAUGAUGAUGUCACUUUUGUAGAAAAAUCACUUUUUCUUGUGAUUCUGUUUAAUGCCAGAAAAUGGUUGUGUUCUUUUCACCAGUGAAGGUGAAAUACCUCUGGAGGAAGGUAUGAUGACUUAGAGGCAAUUUCUCUUUGUAUCAGUCCUGGUGGGAUCAUUGUAGUUACUUCCCAUGAAACGACAUCAGUAAGAUAAUAGGUUGAUUAAUAGGUUGAUAUGUUUUCAAAGAACAGCCUCUUUCCUUUGUCUUUCGUGAAUCCAGUACUUUAUUACUAAAAUAGAAAGUGAAAAAAUAAAAUAAAAUUUCCUAGGGAAAUUUUCCACCAUUCUAUAUUAGUUCUUGCUAUUAAAACCCAGUUGAUGUCAUAAAUGUGCCCCUUCCACAAUGAAAUUAAAUUUGAGCUUGAGAAUAGCCUUUUAUUUCUCAUUAGUCAACCCACCAAUGAUUACAUGCUUCUCAAAAACUCACCUCACUUUGGGGCAGAUCUUAAUAGACAGAUAAUCACCUCAGUUUUUGAAAUUUUUGAGUACUAGUUUUCUUUUGUUUGAUUGAGUCAAGGCAGAAUUGGCAAACAGUAGAAAAUUUAGACAUUCAUAUGAAAUGCACACGCCAGAUUUCACUUUUUCUUCAAGUGUCUAGCUAUUUCAUAGCAAAGUGGUUUUUUUUUCUUGCCCACAUUAUCUAUAAUUACCCUGAAUUCUUUCACUUCACUUCAUAAUAAUGUAACCUGUAAAUGGGCUCUUUCAAUGAUAAUGGCAGUGUUAAUAAAACACUAUGUUCUGGGUAGAAUCAUGCCAUUUUUUUCUUUUUUAAGAUUUUAUUUAUUUGACAGAGAGAGAGAGAGAAGAGCAGGGGGAGAGGGAGAAGCAGGCUCCCCGCAAAGCAGAGAGCCCGAUGUGGGACUCGAUCCCAGGACCCUGGGAUCAUGACCUGAGCCGAAGGCAGAUGCUUAACCGACUGAGCCACCCAGGCACCCCGCCAUUUUUUUCUAUUUUAAGCUUAGUACUCUAUCAAAUAACAAAAGUGCCCAAAGGACAAUUUAUGAUGGUGAAAUUGGUGACUGGUUAGAAGGACAAUACAAAGAGUAUUUGUUUCUAAAAUAAUAAGAAUCUUUGCUUUGCGUAAUAAUUGUACUUAACAUCUCCCUGAGGCAGGCUAGAUGGGUGGUAGCCAGCACCCCUACCCCAGUUUCCUCAUAGCUCUAAGCUGAAGAAAUGGGGUGUUUUAUACAAGAAAAGUGUGGGGCAACCUUUAUUGGACUGCUUAGGUCAAAACUGCUGGGAGAAAUCUUCCAUUCCAACGUAUUUUUCUACAAGAGUUUACCCUUGAAUGGGGGCAGAUGCCAUCCAUCAUACCAAAAUGUCACGACCAGAUGACACAGUCACUCACUAGCAGAACCUUAAGCCUGGGCAUUCUUGCCUGAGCUGUUCUGUGUUUUUUUUUUUUUACCACAGACAGCAGGUACUGGAAUUUUGGCAGGUUUAAAAUGUUACAGUUUCUGGUAAAGAAUUACUUAAGAUUACACAGAGAAUGAGAGGUAGCCCCAAGAUAAAAUCCCAGGUCUUUGCCUGCCUUGUAGGGAGGUCCACAUCCUUUCAGUUUAGGUGCGAGAAACCUGAUAGCCCUGGAAAGGCCCUCCAUGGGUCUACUUUGUGACCAUUCCCAGCCCAAGGUCCAGUGAGUUAGUAUCCACAGAGAGCAAAGCUCAAGGUCUUAUAAAUAAAAUACAUGUAGAUUAUUUGGAAUUCUCUCUCUCUUUUUUUUUUUUACUUGUAGUCCUAAGUGAUUCUGUAAAAGAUUAUUUCCUAGAAUUACCUACGUCCCUUGGAGAGAGUCAUGGUCUCCCCACAUCACAUUGGGUCAGGAAUGUCCUUAUCUUUGCCAAUGAAAUAUGCACAGGUGUGUUCUAUGCUUAUUGACACUUCUGUUAUGUAUCUUCUUCAAAUGUGUUAGGAUAGACAUUAUAAAUGUUGGAAGUUAAUAUCUUGAUCUUUCUUUUAUCCAGAGCCCUAGAGGAAAUCACACAGAACCUGGAAAAUUUACUCCCUGGUCUACUUGAAUCCGACUCAGAAGAAAGGCAGGAGGAAAA